GUGAUUUGGCUGUUUCGGCUAACAGGGGCAGGCUCCACGGCCAGAGUCACGAGUGGACUGCGGGGACGCCGAGCAGCGAGCCUCGGUACACCCAGCCACACCAGCACCCGGCAGGGGAGGUGGGCACCUGGGCCAUUGUCGGCGGUGAAGUUACUCCGCGCUCCACAGCGCCCAAAUCCUCGGCCAGGCCUUGAGUUUUGGCCGGGACAGUCAUGGCGUCCCAACCAAAUUCCUGCGCAAAGAAGAAAGAGGAGAAGGGGAGGAAUAUCCAGGUGGUGGUAAGAUGCAGACCAUUUAACUUGGCAGAAAGGAAAGCUAAUGCCCAUUCAAUAGUAGAAUGUGAUCAUGUACGAAAAGAAGUUAGCGUACGGACUGGAGGAUUGGCUGACAAGAGCUCAAGGAAGACAUACACUUUUGAUAUGGUUUUUGGAGGAUCGACUAAACAAAUUGAUGUUUACCGAAGUGUUGUUUGUCCAAUUCUGGAUGAAGUUAUUAUGGGCUAUAAUUGCACUAUCUUUGCAUAUGGCCAAACUGGCACUGGAAAAACCUUUACAAUGGAAGGUGAAAGGUCACCUAAUGAGGAGUAUACCUGGGAAGAGGAUCCCUUGGCUGGUAUAAUUCCACGUACCCUUCAUCAAAUAUUUGAGAAACUUAGUGAUAAUGGUACUGAAUUUUCAGUCAAAGUGUCUCUAUUGGAAAUCUAUAAUGAAGAACUUUUUGAUCUUCUUAAUCCAUCUUCUGAUGUUUCUGAGAGGUUGCAGAUGUUUGAUGAUCCCCGAAAUAAGAGGGGAGUGAUAAUCAAAGGUUUAGAAGAAAUUACAGUACACAACAAAGAUGAAGUCUAUCAAAUUUUGGAGAAGGGGGCAGCAAAAAGGAAAACUGCAGCCACUUUGAUGAAUGCAUAUUCUAGUCGAUCUCACUCGGUUUUCUCUGUUACAAUACACAUGAAAGAAACUACAAUUGAUGGAGAAGAGCUUGUUAAAAUUGGAAAGUUGAACUUGGUUGAUCUUGCAGGAAGUGAAAACAUUGGCCGUUCUGGAGCUGUUGAUAAGAGAGCUCGAGAAGCUGGAAAUAUCAAUCAAUCCCUAUUGACUUUGGGAAGGGUUAUUACCGCACUUGUAGAAAGAACACCCCAUGUUCCUUACCGAGAAUCUAAACUAACUAGAAUCCUCCAGGAUUCUCUUGGGGGGCGCACAAGAACAUCUAUAAUUGCAACAAUUUCUCCUGCAUCUCUCAAUCUUGAGGAAACUCUGAGUACUUUGGAAUAUGCUCACCGAGCAAAGAACAUAAUGAAUAAGCCGGAAAUUAAUCAGAAACUCACCAAAAAAGCUCUUAUUAAGGAAUACACGGAAGAAAUAGAGCGCCUGAAGAGAGAUCUUGCUGCAGCCCGUGAGAAAAAUGGAGUGUACAUUUCUGAAGAAAAUUUUAGUGCCAUGAAUGGAAAAUUAACUGUUCAAGAAGAACAGAUUGUGGAACUGAUUGAAAAAAUUGGUGCCAUUGAGGAGGAACUAAGUAGGGUUACAGAGUUGUUUAUGACUAAUAAAAAUGAACUUGACCAGUGUAAAUAUGACCUGCAAAAUAAGACCCAGGAACUUGAAAGCACUCAAAAACAUUUGCAAGAAACUAAAUUACAACUUGUUAAAGAAGAAUACAUCACAUCAGUUUUGGAAAAUACUGAAGAGAAACUUCAUGAUGCUGCUAGCAAGCUGCUUAGCACAGUUGAAGAAACUACAAAAGAUGUGUCUGGUCUCCAUUCCAAACUGGAUCGGAAGAAAGCAGUUGAUCAACACAAUGCAGAAGCUCAGGACAUUUUUGGCAAAAACUUAAAUAGUCUAUUUAGUAAUAUGGAAGAAUUAAUUAAGGAUGGCAGCUCAAAACAAAAGGCCAUACUAGAAGUUCACAAGACCUUGUUUGGUAAGUUAAUGUCUUCCAGUGUCUCUGCAUUAGACAGCAUUACUACAGUAGCACUUGGAUCUCUCAGAUCUAUUCCAGAAAACGUGUCUACUCAUGUUUCUCAGAUUCUGAAUAUGAUAUUGAAAGAACAGUCAGUAGCAGCCGAAAGUAAAACUGUGCAACAAGAAUUGAUUAAUGUGCUUAAGACUGACCUUCUAAGUUCUCUGGAAAUGAUUUUAUCCUCCACUAUGGUGUCUAUAUUGAAAAUCAAUAGUCAGCUAAAGCAUAUUUUUAAGACCUCAUUGACUGUGGCUGAUAAGAUAGAAGAUCAGAAAAAGGAAUUGGAUGGCUUCCUCAGUAUACUUUGUAAUAAUCUACAUGAACUACAAGAAAAUACAAUUUCUUCCUUGGCUGAAUCACAGAAACAAUGUGGAAUAUAUGCUGAAGACCUAAAGACAAUAGAGCAAACCCAUUCACAGGAACUUGGUCAAUUAAUAAAUCUGUGGACAAAGAGAUUCCGUGCUUUGGAGGAAAAGUUUGAGAACAUCCAGAAACCACUUAGUGGUGUCCAAGAAAAUAUACAGCAGAAAUCUAAUGAUAUAAUCAACAAAACAACUUUUCAAAGUAAAAAAUUUUAUGCUGCUUCAGAUGGCUUGUCACAGGAACUCAGACAUUUUAACCAAGAAGGUACAAAAUUGGUUGAAGAGUCUGUGAAACAAAGUGAUAAACUGAGUACCAACCUGGAAAAAUUAUCUCAAGAGACUGAUCAGAGAUGUGAGUCUCUGAAUACAAGCAUAAUUUGUUUUUCUGAACAGUGCGCAUCUUGCUUAAAUAAAAGGGAACAAGAACUUCAGAACUUAUUGGAGGUUGUAAACCAGCGUUGUGAGGCUUCACAUUUGGAGAUCACUGAAAAAUUAAGUGACCAUAAAGCAACUAACGAGAACCAGCGUAACACUUUCCUUGAUCAGAUAACUAUUGAUGAAGAAAGAUUGAUAGCACAAAAUCUAGAGCUUAAUGAAACUAUAAAAAUUGGUUUGACUAAGCUUAAUUGCUUUCUGCAACAGGAUCUGAAGCUGGAUAUUUCAACAGGUACAACACCAGAGAGGAAAAAUUACUUAUACCCAUCAACACUGGUGAGAACGGAACCACGUGAACAUCUUCUUAAUCAGUUGAAAAGGAAACAGCCAGAACUGUUAAUGAUGCUAAACUGUUCAGGAAACAACACAGAAGAGACCAGUCAGGACACGGAUGUAGAAAAGGUGGUUCUGGGACAGUGCACUGAAGAACCUCUAAGUCAAGAGUCAGCUGUAGAAGUUGGUGUGGAUUAUUCAUCAAGUGGUGGAGUUCCAUUUUUCCAGCAUAAAAAAUCACAUGGAAAAGACAAAGAAAACAGAGGCAUUAACUCAGUGGAGAGGUCUAAAGUGGAAGAAACUACAGAGCACUCUGUCCCAAACAGCAGAUUGCCUCUACGAGCCCAGACAAAUCUUUAUUCCAGUGAGGGCCAGAAAUUUAUUUUUAAGGAAAAUUGCAAAUUUCCUGGAAACCCUAGAACUUGAGCCUGUGUAUAGACUUUAAAAUAGUGGUUCUCAACCUUCCCAGUGCCGCAGCCCUUUCAUACAGUUCCUGUGGGUCACAACCCACAGGUUGGGAACCGCUGCCUUAAAAGGACAGAUUAUAUCAAGACAAUAUACUGUAAAUUUAAUUAAAUUUAAUAUCUACCCAUUUUUCUGUCAACCUAAAGUUCAUUUGUAUUGUGUAUUAAGUUGGGUUUUAGAAUUUGA